AUGGAUUUUGCAUCCUCGUCGACGUCUUCAUACGCCCCACCACCUUCACCGAGUCCCAGUGAGACCCCACGCAAUGGAAAGAAUCAGAGGAGGAAGACUGGAUGCUUGACGUGUAGAUUGAGGAAAAAGAAAUGCGACGAGGGUAAACCAGCUUGUGGAGCUUGUCUUCGGCUGGGAUUAGACUGUAUGGGGUAUGAUACCAAGAGGCCAGGAUGGAUGAACAAGAAGGACAAGGUGAAGGAUAUGACUGCUCAGAUCAAACACACUGUUCACGAGACAAGAGCAGCUAAGAUGAGAGACCACUGGGCAGCGAGAGCAGCUUCAGUAUCUGGUGGGGACGGUGAUGGGCAUAGCGUGUACAGUCCUGAAGAUCAGGAGGAGAUCUUGGUAGAUAAACCAGUAAUAUCAACGACUAAGCCAUCCUUACACUCAACGAAUGAUUUGACUGUACCUACUGCCGUGUCGAUACCAUCACAAGGUGGAUCAUACGUUGGCGGUGGUUAUGGAUAUAGCGGUGGAACAAGCAGGAAUCUGUUCAACUCACAGCAACCGAACUCGACACCCACCGCAUCCUCUUCUUACCCUCACUCGCAUUCACAAGCCAAUCCUCCAGAUCUGCUUUCAGAACCAUACAUCCCUCAAUCAGCUGCUUCAUCUCCUCUUAUCGACCCGGAUAUCCUUAAUCUACUGGGCCUCAUCCCACCAACCAAACCAACCACCGAUGACCCUUACUUCCCGUUGUACCCCCAACUACCAAACACCUUAUGGUUCCCUUACCCCAGUGCUCUAGAGUCGAGAGAGAACCUAGAGGAUAUGCGUUACUUCCACCACUACCUCACCGUCAUCCUUCCUCUGCAAUUUCGCUUCGACAAUCAACCCAUAUCCGACCUCGUCGCUCCUCUCGCUUUACAGAACCCCAGAGUGCUUCAGGCUCUUUCAGCGAUCGCCGCCCUACACAUUGCAACCAAGAAACGUCGUCAACCGGUUCUUCUAGAGGACUUCGUCGGUUCAGAUAGUGUGAACUCACAUCCGCUUCCUAAUCCAGACGAUGUAUUUGCUCGAACCACCAUCCAAGCGACUAUCAAGGAACUAAAAUCGGUACCCUCUUCCGAAUUAGGCUCGGAUGAUUCCAUCUUAGCUGCAUUAUCAGCAAACAGUUUCAACCUCUUUGAUGGGGGAGAAAACAAGGACUGGGUGGAAACUGCUGAGCUUUGCAGGAGGUGUCUUGCUGCGGUUUUGAAUGGAAUAGCAGGAAUUGGAUCGGGCUUUUCUUCUUCCAAACCUCAAGCCGAUAUCUCUCCCUUGAUGGAUCGUUUGGGCCAUCUGAUCAGUCCUCUGAUGUGGGUGGACAUCCUCAUGUCCGUCACGCAAAAUAAGGCGUCCCAACACCUACCCAUAUACCGCUUAUUCCUGUUCGAUCGAUAUCAGAAGCAAGGUAACGUGUCCAAGCUGCUACGCGAGACUGUCAUGGGAUGUGACAAUACUACACGUCUGGCUUUAGCGGAAACAGUCGCACUAUCUGAAUGGAAGGACAAAGCUAUUCGGUCGGGAACUCUAUCACAUCGCACCCUCGUUGAACGAGCAGACUCUAUAGAAAGAUUGCUCCUAGAGCGAAAAUGGCGAGAAGAGCACCUGUUCCAGCCGGAUGAUACAUCAACAGUUCAGAGGAUGGCGAUGAGCAAUGUUUUCCAUCAUGGUGUAAGGGUGCUCUUGGCUACUGUGUUGGACGGAUGUUAUCCAAAUGUACCCGAUGUUGCGACUGCUGUCCAAGAUACAGCAGAUGCUCUGCUCGCAUUGGACAAGUAUGAUCCUCAGGGAGCGACCGACAAACUCAUGAUUUUCCCCAUCGUCAUCGCGGGGUGUCAUGCGGAACGACCAGCAUUACAAAGAGUAUUUAGACAUCGGUUCGCUAAAUUAGGUGAUGAUGGUACAUCUUUCGGCAAUACUCGGAGUGCACUCAGAUUGAUGGAAGAAGUGUGGAGGAGAAGAGCAGAAGCAACAAGUGAGCAGUCCGAGACCCAUUGGAGGAAGGUCAUGUUUGAGCUGUACGAAGGAGGUUUGUUACUAAUCUAG